GUUAAGCCCGUUGAGCUUUUUUGUUAAAAUCUCCAACAAUGGCGUUAAAAGUUCUGUCUGCGCUCGACACUGCGAGAACUCAGUUGUACCAUUUCAAGGCGAUCAUCAUAGCCGGCAUGGGCCUCUUCACCGACUCCUUGGACCUCUUCUGCAUCCCUCUGAUCAUGAACCACAUCGGACGGGUGCACUACGAGAACGAGGUCGAGUCCGACGUCGAGAAGUACAGGGUCCCCCCCGCCGUGGCCUCGACCAUGGUGGCCAUCGCUCUUCUGGGAACAGCAAUCGGGCAACUGGUCUUCGGUAGGCUCGGCGACCUAGUCGGGAGGCGCCGCGUGUACGGGCUCGAGUUGACGAUCAUGGUGCUCAGCUCCAUCGGAUGCGGGUUCUCCUUCUGCACGACGAAGAGCUGCGUGCUGGUUAGUCUGGGGCUGUUCAGGUUCGCUCUGGGGCUGGGGAUCGGUGGGGACUAUCCCCUGUCGGCGACCAUCAUGUCGGAGUUCGCGAACAAGAAGACACGUGGCUUCAUAGCGGCCGUGUUCUCAAUGCAGGGAUUUGGGAUUUUGGCCGCUUCGACGGUCAUGAUAGUGGUGUGUGCCAUAUUUGACCGUGCAUCCAAUAUAUUGCCGGAAGAUCGAACGCCGCGAGACGCCGAUAUUGCAUGGAGGAUAAUACUGAUGCUGGGUGCGGUUCCCGCUGCUUUUACUUUUUACUGGAGUAUGUCCAUGCCUGUAACUGCCAGAUAUACAGCUUUGGUGGAGCAGAAUGUGCAUCAAGCAGCCAGGGACAUGGAGAAAGUGUUGGAAAUUUCAAUGAAUGAGAUUUUCGAAGAGAACCCACCGCUCCCAACUCCACCACCAUAUCCCCUCUUCUCCAAGCAAUUCUUUCGUCGCCAUGGCCGUGAUUUAAUGGCUUGCUCCUUGUCAUGGUUUCUUCUGGACAUUGUUUUCUACAGCAGCAACCUCUUCCAGUCUCAGAUAUACGAACACCAUCUCCCCAGAAAGAAAGAUGUUAAUGCCUAUAGAGAUGCUUUUGAUGUUGCAAAACUCCAAGCAAUCAUCGCAAUCUGUUCCACCAUUCCAGGAUACUGGUUCACCGUCUAUUUCAUUGAUAUCAUUGGAAGAGUCAGAAUCCAUGCAAUGGGUUUUUUCUGCAUGGCAUUGGUUUAUUUAGCAAUUGGGAUACCCUAUGAGAAACACUGGAGGAACGACGCAAAUGCAGGUUUCAUGAUCCUCUAUGGCCUCACCUUUUUCUUCGCAAAUUUCGGACCAAACACAACUACCUUUAUAGUCCCCGCGGAGCUUUUCCCAGCAAGAUUUAGAUCCACCUGUCGUGGAAUUUCUGGGGCUGCAGGGAAGCUGGGGGCGAUUAUUGGUUCUGUUGGAUUUUUGUGGGCUUCACAUGACCAAAAAGAGCAUGGUUAUCCUCGAGCAAUUGGAAUGACUCCCUCAUUGAUAAUACUUUCCGGAGUUUGUCUUGUGGGAUUGGUGGUGACAUUGCUUUCCACACGUGAGACAAUGGGAAGAUCAUUAGAGGAGAACGAGAACGAUGAUGAUCUUAUAAAUGAGAUGCCUUUGGGCAGAUCUCAUUCGGGUACAAGUUUUCGGUCACAUGAAGCUCUGAACGAAGCUACUCAUGUUGCCUAGAGAGCAAGAAGCUUUAACUGGGGUGUGUGUUUUAUCAUUGUACGCCAAAAAGUAAAAAAAAAAAAAACGUUCGUUAGGACUCUCUAUCAUCUGUCAUGGUAAAAUGAUUUGUGUGAAAGGAGCUAUAGCUAGCUGAAGUGCUAGAAACUCUCUUUAGAAUCGAGCUUCCUGACUGGAGAAAACCUGUUGUUUUGUGUGCAGACAGGAAAUUCAUGUAUACCAUCUGGAGUUCCUCGGCCAAUGAAAUCACUUCGUACGUUUGUG